GGGAAAUCUGGAUCAUUUAUUUUCAAAAAGCCGUGAAAACUCAUAUACUCAAAUUUCAAAUCCCAAUAAUGUCGCUGGAACUGGUGCUCCAACCGCAGCCAGAAUUCUACCUAUUAGCGUACGAAAUGAGUGUGCCCGAAGAUUCCGAUGAGGCCCUGCUUUCAGCUGUGGCCCACAAAGCCGCUGAGCUGAAGGUGUGUGGCUACAUCGCGCAUACGCACUGUGGCCGCAAAGUGGGCGGCGAGCUGGAGGGCAGCUCUGCUGGCCUGCAGACGAUGGUCGAGUGGAUGCAGGCCAGGAGCCAGGGGAACCAUCUCGGGGACGGGGAGAAGAUCAAAAGCCAGAUGAAGGAGCCACGAUUCUCGAAGUGGAAGCUGCAAUCAGGGGCCCCCAAAUACGAUGUUUUCUUCUGCUGCUGAGUGCUGACGAGAGGAGUUGAUUAAAAAUCGCAAAUUGCAUUGGCCCCAGAAUAUUGUUUCGAGUGCA